AUGCUGGGCAAAAUCACGUUGGAAGAUCACUUCAAUCUGCCGGAUUUCGCAGAAAAGGCAAAGUGGUGGGCAGGUCUUUUUGCAGUCGAUGCAGACAAGCACGUCCGCGAGAUCAGCGAUGUCGGCAAGAUCAGGCUAGGUUACGCUGACGAGUACGGAGUCGGCUACCACAUUCUCAGCUACACGGCGCCGGGCAUCCAGGACAUUGCCGACCCCAAGAAAGCAAUUGAGCUGGCGAGGCAGGUCAACGACUACAUCUAUGAGCAGAUCAAGGACAAGCCAGACAGGUUUGGUUCAUUCGCGACGCUCUCGAUGCACGACCCUGCCGAGGCGGCCGCGGAGCUGAGAAGAUGCGUCGAGCAAUACGGGUUCAAGGGCGCCUUGGUCAACGACAUCCAGAUCGGCCCGGACGGAGAGUCUCUGAUAUUUUACGACAAGCCCGAGUGGGACGUGUUCUGGCAGACGUGCGUUGAGCUCGACGUCCCCUUCUAUCUCCACCCGAAACAGCCGACUGGCGUCGUGUACGAGAAACUGUGGGCGGACCGGAAAUGGUUGGUCGGCCCUCCUCUGAGUUUCGCACAAGGAGUGAGCUUGCACUUGCUGGGUAUGGUCGUCAACGGCGUGUUUGACAGGAACCCCAAGCUUCAAAUCAUCAUCGGCCACCUGGGCGAGCAUAUACCUUUCGACCUCUGGCGCAUCAACCACUGGUUCGAGGAUGUGAAGAAACCGCUUGGCCUGAAGGAGACGUGCAAGAAGACCAUCAGGGAUUACUUCCGCGACAACAUCUGGAUCACCACUUCGGGACACUUUUCAACGUCGACUUUGAAAUAUUGCAUCGAGGAGCUGGGUGGCGCCGACAGGAUCAUGUUCGCAACCGAUUAUCCGUUCGAGUGCUACAAGGACGCAUGCACGUGGUUUGACGGCUUGAAACUCGACGAAGGACAGAAGGAAGCAAUUGGAAGGCAGAACGCAUUGCGGUUAUUCAAGCUCAAGGAUGUUGCUUAG